AUGGCGAGGUCUCUAGCCUACGGAGGCGGUAUCGUUGUUGCCCUCAUCGCUAUUCUCUAUCAGUUCCUCUUCAAACGCAUUAUAUUUGAUGUGUUAGGUGUUGGACGUCCAAUUUCAACAUUCGAUGCAUUCAACGCAACCUGUGAAAGGAUUGAUAAUCUCGGCAUUGAAGGUUGCGAAGAUUUGUGGCUUCAUCAUGACAGUGGAUACCUGUAUAUGGCUUGCUCCGAUCUCCAAAGUCGUUUGCAGUGGCUUCCCGCUGCCGACCGUCUGAACAUUUCCGGACGAGGUGUAGCAGAUAGAAUUGGUAUUUUGGACACCCGAGGAGAUGGCUCUUUGGAGUCUCGUUUUCAGUGGAUGACAACCGAAAACUUCUCUGGUAACAAUGGAGAUGGUACUUUUAACCUACAUGGAUUUGAUAUCCGUCCAGAUCCGAAGACUGGUACUUUGCGCAUUCUGCUCAUCAACCAUCGACCUCCAAUUGAUCCUCUAACUGGUGCCCCGCUUGAUGCAGUGACCCUAGGUGCAAAUUCCACCAUAGAACUAUUUCAUACCCAAGUUGGAAGUAUUUCAAUGAAACACAUAAAGACAUACGCAGAUCCUGCAAUUCAAACUCCCAACCAGGUGGCCUGGGUGAAUGAUGAUGAUUUUGUGUUCACCAAUGAUCAUAGCAUGAAGGUCGGAUUUCGUCGCCAUUUAGAUAUUCUCCUUGGGGGUGGAAGUAUUGGACACUGCGAUUCACGUGCGAAUCACUGUAGUCUAAUCCUCUCUACUGGUCUUACUGGUCCAAAUGGAUUAGUUACAGGGCGUGAUGGACUGAUAUAUGUACCAAAUACAAUUUUGCACGAAAUACAUAUCUUCUCGCUUACCGACGAGAAGACUCUGUUGAAACAAGAUACGUUGCAAGCACCAUACCCAAUUGAUAAUAUGAGUGUUGAUGAGAACGGCGACAUCAUAGCUGCAUCAAUUCCACAAACUUAUAAAUGGCUUCAAUAUAUGGAUGAUCAAUCAAUCCAGGUCCCUGCGGCAGUCGUACGAAUUCGAAGAAGAGGGUCUGAUUUUGAUCGUUUGAUUAAAGAGGGGGUAAGACAAGAGAAGGACCUCGGUAAGAGUGAGGAGGGUUACAUUGUUGAAACUAUAGUCGAGGAUGACGGGAAGGUUUUGACAGCAGUAACGGCUGCUGUUCAUGAUGUAAGGAGAGGAACAUUGUACCUUGGAGGAAUUACGGUGCCAUUUAUCAUGACUUGUGAGAUGAAGAAUUAG